GUUAGCACUGAGUCUCUUGGCCGACUUCGGGUCCCGUCUCGGCAGCAGCAGUGAUCGCUGGGCGGAGAGUGCCUAGGGUAGUGAGCCAAGAUGCCGAAUAUUAAAAUCUUCAGCGGCAGCUCCCACCAGGACUUAUCCCAGAAAAUUGCUGACCGCCUGGGCCUGGGACUAGGCAAGGUGGUGACUAAGAAAUUCAGUAAUCAAGAGACCUGUGUGGAGAUUGGAGAAAGCGUACGUGGAGAGGAUGUCUACAUUGUUCAGAGUGGUUGUGGCGAAAUCAAUGACAAUCUAAUGGAGCUUUUGAUCAUGAUUAAUGCCUGCAAGAUUGCCUCAGCCAGCCGGGUUACUGCAGUCAUCCCAUGCUUCCCUUAUGCCCGACAGGAUAAAAAGGAUAAGAGCCGGGCUCCAAUCUCAGCCAAGCUGGUGGCAAAUAUGCUGUCUGUAGCAGGCGCGGAUCAUAUUAUCACCAUGGACCUGCAUGCUUCUCAGAUUCAGGGCUUUUUUGAUAUCCCCGUGGACAAUUUGUAUGCCGAGCCAGCUGUCCUGAAAUGGAUAAGGGAGGACAUCUCUGAGUGGAGGAACUGUACUAUUGUCUCACCUGAUGCUGGUGUAGCGAAGAGAGUGACCUCCAUUGCCGAUCGGUUGAAUGUGGACUUCGCUCUGAUUCACAAAGAACGGAAGAACGCUAACGAAGUAGACCGCAUGGUGCUGGUGGGAGACGUGAAGGACCGGGUGGCCAUCCUAGUGGAUGACAUGGCUGACACCUGUGGCACAAUCUGCCAUGCUGCUGACAAACUUCUCUCAGCUGGAGCCACCAGAGUUUAUGCAAUUUUGACUCACAGAAUCUUUUCUGGCCCAGCCAUUUCUCGCAUUAACAACGCAUGCUUUGAAGCAGUAGUUGUCACCAACACCAUACCUCAGGAGGAUAAGAUGAAGCAUUGCUCCAAAAUACAGGUGAUCGACAUCUCCAUGAUCCUGGCAGAAGCCAUUAGGAGAACUCACAACGGGGAAUCCGUUUCCUACCCGUUCAGCCAUGUCCCUUUAUAA